GUUGAAAGGUUAUAGAAGAAAUUUAACAACUCCUAUUUACCGUGCGUGAUCCAUUUUUUUAUCAUGCUGAUAAUGUAAGCUGCUAAAGAGGCUAUUACAAAGAUAAACAUAAGUAAAAUGACUCUCCCACGGCUACAAACAAGUUGCCAAUCUCAAGAAGAUGAUCAAAUAGAACCUUUGGACCUCAGAGUGCAGAAGAGCAAUACCUUGACUGCAUCUCCUCUUUUUCACAACAAGCCUCGUUGUAGGUUUCAUCAUGAACCUCUGGAUCUGAGAGUCAAGAAACAUGAAGUCCACUUACAAGCAAAGAGUUCUGGAACUGAACAUUCUGACCCUGCAAUAGACAUACAGAGUAGACAGUUUGUACCGUUUUGUGAAGUGGCUUGUGAUCACCUAUUAGAAGAAACCCCCUCAGAAGAUCUAAUUCCCCGAAAUGAAAUUGUUACACGCAAACAUUUGUCACACAAAUUUAACAUUCCAGAUGUGCAUAAUACAACAACAUUUCAUGGCAGUAACAAUGAAGAUGUUUCUGUUAAUAUCAAAGACUUCAGUACAUUUGAAGGCUCAAGUGUGUUACAAUCGAGAGAGACUGAAAUAAAAACUCAGAGAGGAACCCAAUCUUUAGAAAAAUCAAUUAUUUGCUUUCCUGAAACCCAAACUGAAAAUGGCCCACUUUUCUUGAACAGUGACAUUUUAUUAGAUAAUACUUCAAAAUCUGUUUAUAAUAUUUUGAUUGGCGAUGAUGUACGUAACCAACAACAAAGUACCGGUAGGCCUGACAGUAAUACAGGUUAUGAAGACAAAAUUGAAAUUAUCACAUUCAGUGAAGAAUGUCUGGAUCAAGAUCAGUCCAUAAAUUUUAAACAGAAGGAACCAAAAAAUCCAAAUGAGGGUUUCAUUCAACGCGCAAGAUGUUUUGAAGCUGCUCCAAAGCUACGCAGGUGCAGAGAAUGCAGUUUGUCACUGAACAACGCUACCAAGGGAUCACAACCGCGUUCUGAAAAUGUUCUAUGUAGAUUUGAAGCUUUUCGGAAACUAAGGUACUCCGCCAAGGGUUUCUUGUCUACAGCGGGGUUCUUGGACCCUCACUCAGACCCAACUCAGGAUGACCUCGCACUGUGGCAGCCCUUGUUAAACAAACCAUACCCUCAACUGGACAUGAAAAGUGCCAAAUACAUUCUAGAUAAUGUAGGCAGCCAGUUCUUGGACUUGUGCAAACAAGAAAAGGAGGCUGUCUCUUUACAUAUGUCACAAGAGAAAGUAGUGGCAUGGAAAAGACCUAUAUCUGGUUGCAGAGAAAUGUGUGAUGUGUGCAAUACAACCUUGUUCAACUUCCACUGGACCUGUAAAUCAUGUGGAUUUUCUGUGUGCAUUGACUGCUACAAGGCAAGAAAAGGCGUCACAUCUGACUGGAUGAAAGUCGAAAGACCUUGGUUGAUUUGUGUCAAUAAAAAACCUCACGACCAGGAUAAGCUCAUGUUAACACAAAUAAUUCCAUCAGAUGCUUUGAGAGAUCUCAAGGAAAAAGUUCAAAAGAUUAUGCCAUGUUUGGAGUUUUCUUCAGACAUUUCUGAUCAGCCAUCAUCCAAUGCCAAGAUGUCAAGGGAUUACCAACAUGCUGACCUUGAGGCUUCCACAACCAAUACAGAAGACUAUUUAGGAACAUUUUAUGAGAGCUUAAGAAAGAAACUACGCAUAACACAUCUUGAUAAUCCAUCUCCUGAAGUAGUUUCUUGCAAUAGUGAAGUGAAAGAAGUGAAGCAAUUGGACCCAGCUCUGCCGAGAGUAAUGACCCACACAGUGAGCAGCUUGAUGUAUCCUGAUAGUCCUCACACCUGGUUGUGUCAGGGCAGUUUACUCCUGCUGACGGAUCCCAGUGCUGAUACCAACUAUCCCAUCUUCCAGGAUCAAUGGAGGCGAGGACAGCCUGUGUUGGUGAGUGGUUUGUUGAAGUAUCUCAAUGAAGAUCUGUGGAAACCAGACUCAUUCAUAAAAGAUUUUGGAAGUAAGAAGAACGACUUAGUGAAUUGCUUAACAGGUCAAGUAAUACCUGGCCAGUACAUGAGCAAGUUUUGGGAAGGUUUUCAAGAAGUAAAUAAAAUGCUUAAAGACGACCAAGGCGAAGCAAUGCUAUUGAAGCUGAAAGACUGGCCUCCUGGAGAAGAUUUUGCAGAAAUGUUGCCAUCAAGGUUUGAAGACUUGAUGGCAGCACUUCCAGUUGGAGAAUACACCAAACGCACAGGACAGUUGAACCUACCUGCCAGACUGCCAAAAUAUUUUGCAAGACCAGAUUUAGGACCAAAGAUGUACAUAGCAUAUGGAUCUGCUAUACAUCCCACUAAAGGAACUACAAACCUUCAUCUAGAUAUAUCUGACGCAGUUAACGUCAUGGUAUACGUUGGAAUCCCAAAAGACAUCAAUAGAGAUAAAUUCAUCAAAGAGGCAUAUCAAGCCAUAGAUGAGGCUUGUGUGGAGGUGCAGAUGAGACGAAGAGUGAGAGUAGAAAUGCCUGGUGCUAUAUGGCACAUCUACUCAGCAAGAGAUGCAAACAAGAUACGCCACCUACUGUCUAGAGUGGCUAAAGAGCGCAAGAUCAAGCUGGGUCGUCACCAGGACCCCAUACAUGACCAGAACUGGUACCUGGACGCAGACCUUCGUGACAGGCUGUACAGAGAGUACCAAGUGAAGGGCUACGCCAUCGUGCAGUGCCUGGGCGAUGCUGUCUUUAUCCCAGCGGGAGCCCCACAUCAGGUUCAGAACCUGCUUAAUUGUGUAAAAGUGGCUGAAGAUUUUGUCUCCCCAGAGAAUGUGUCACAGUGCUUACACCUAACCCAAGAGUUCAGAAUACUCUCAGAUUUGCAUACAAACCAUGAAGACAAACUUCAAAUCAAAAAUAUAAUAUACCAUUCUGUGAAGGAUGCUAUAUCAGUGUUGUCUCAUUUUCCCAUGUCAAGUUAGAUGAAUUUCUAAUAGCAGAACUUAUAAUUUUAAAAUGUAAAUAUUU